AGAGUACCAAUCAUAUCACAACACUAGCGCCUCCUAUGUUCCCUCGCUAGGCCCAAGUCUCCUAGCAAAUGAUUCUAAUUGGGGUUUCGAAACUGUUCCCCAGUCUUGACAAGAAAAGGAGCUUCUCAGCCAAUGCAUACAUUAAUGACACUAUACUAUCUAGGAAUAACUUGACUAUUUGGACUGAUACUCGAGCUGAAAGGAUCGCCUUACUCAAGUCUGGGAGUGCUAAGUAUGAGAAGGGGUAGGAAAGUACUUUAGUCUCGGGGCGAUGCUUGCGUGCCCCCCUUUCCCGCAGCUCAGUGCACAUAACCUUUAUGUCAACACCAACGUCGUCGUCAGUCCACCUUGGUCCCAAAUAUUUCUCUUAUCCGCCUGAUUUGGAGAUUAUUGCCCGAUACGUUCAGCUCGCAGAAACUAUCACGAUGAUGGAACCUCUCUCUCACCACUUGAAGCCUGGAGGCAGUCGUGGUCUGGACAUGCUAGCACCUGGUGGCUUCUCUGACAUCCAGAAAGCUAAGGACUACCUUCGAAGAAGAGCAAAAUGUGCACAACACUGGAUGGGAUCUUGUGUAAUGAUGCCGCGAGACCUAGGGGUAGUCAUUGACCUCGAACUGGGUCUACAGCUGCGCCAAUCUUCGCGUGUGCGAUGCGACCAAUAGUUCCUCAGUCACUCUAAUACAAACAGUAGAGCCUGAGUAAACUACUGGAACUUGCAAUUGAGAGUGAUUCCGAGACUCCUAUAAAGAAUAGAUUCGGAAAAGCUACCUUCAGUAUGGCUACUACUAUGUCGCUCAGCUAGGCUAUGUCGUAUGCUAUUUCCGAACACACUUAAAAUUAUUUCAAACUUAGAGUAUGAUGAGCGCCUCCUUUCUUCGUAUAAUAGGCCCUACACAUGUAUCUUAGUAAAACUAUUAUAUUUUAAACUACCUAGAGAGGUAUCUAGAGUCUUAACUAUG